AUGUGCAAAAUAGUUUAUUAUUGGAUAUUUCGUGUGUUAUUUACAGUCAAGAUGUCUCUUUGGGCCAGGGCUCAACAAUUACCACCAGAAAGCUUGCAGAAGGUUCGAACCAUCUACGGGGACCACUUCCCCAUCGAAGUACGACACUGUUUAGCCCCAUGGAUCGAAAGCAGAAUUUGGACCGGCGAGCCGGAGGAGCAACAACGUUUCUUUGUUGAUGAGCUGGUGCAGGAGAUCCAAGCUCACGCGGACCUGAUGCUAUCACCAGACAUGUUCGUCACCAAGAUGAAGCUGCUGGAUGCCGCGAAGAACUUUCACAUAACGUACAGCCAUACCCCGCAUGAGCUGUUCCAGUACAUGCGAAGAGCUCUUGCAAUGGAAAUGGAAGUUAUCCAGACCGCCAUGGGGACACCGUUUGUCGCUCAGCCACAGACUGAAAGAAAAUACAGUGAGCUCAUCACUGGACUGCAAACUGUCCGCCAAAAGGUCAGUAUGGUUAGCGAAGAGAUCAGAGGUCUUCAAGCCAACAUUGAAUCAUUCUCCUUGGAAUACCACGAAUGCCUGAAACACAAAGGCCACAUGAACUACCUACAGCAGUCAAUGACGAAUGACAGGCGAGACUUGGCGGCGUGUCUCCGUGUACAGAUUGAAGAAACGGAGAGGAAGUUGAACGCCAAGGUUGCCCAAAUAACUCAGUCCCAAUUGGAGCUGGUGGAUCAUAUGAAGGAGAAUAUCGCCAACCUUCGACAGCUGCAGAGCCAGGUUUUGGAUGAAGAGCUUAUCAAGUGGAAACGUGAACAGCAAUUAAGCGGCAAUGGUGUCCCGAUGCAGUCGAACUUGAACACCAUCCAAGAAUGGUGCGAACUCCUCGCUGACCUGAUCUGGACAACUCGCCAACAAGUGAACAACGUGGCCAGGAUCAAUACCAAAACUGUCGUGGAACUCAGGCAGCCUCAUCUCGCCGAGAUGCUGGAUGAAAUGAGCAAAACUGUGACAGGUCUGCUGUCAACCCUUGUGACUUCGACCUUUGUGAUCGAGAAACAACCACCGCAAGUUAUGAAGACGAACACACGCUUCACGGCUACUGUCCGGUUACUCGUCGGGGGUCAGCUGAACGUACACAUGACGCCGCCCAGAGUUAGCGUGGUUAUAAUAUCAGAGCAACAAGCCCAGCUGUUGCUAAAGAGCGAGACCCAGGCCGGUAAGGGCAAGCAGCCGGUGGAGUGCGGCGAUAUCCUCAACAACACCGGCACUAUGGAGUAUCAGCCUACCAGUAGGCAGCUCAGCGUCAGCUUCAGAAAUAUGCAGUUGCGUAAAAUAAAACGCGCGGAGAAAAAAGGUACCGAGAGCGUGAUGGACGAGAAACUGACAUUGCUGUUCCAAUCGCAGUUCAACGUUGGAGGUGGAGAGUUGGUCUUUCAGGUGUGGACACUCUCAUUGCCCGUGGUGGUGAUUGUCCACGGUAACCAGGAGCCCCACGGCUGGGCAACAGUCACAUGGGACAACGCCUUCAGCCCACCGGGCAGGGUUCCCUUCGCUGUGCCGGACAAGGUGACUUGGGGUCAGUUGGCGGAGACUCUGCGCAUCAAAUUCGGUUCAGCCACUGGAGGGGACCUCUCCGAAGAUAAUCUAAGAUUUUUAGCCGAGAAGAUAUUUAGUAUCACGGCUUCCAGGACCUCUUUACCCAUGAACACGAUGGAUUUAAACGCCAUGGCGGUCAGCUGGACCCAGUUCUGCAAGGAUGCACUCCCUGAGAGGAACUUCACGUUUUGGGAGUGGUUCUACAUGGUCGUUAAAGUGACCAGAGAUUAUCUGAGGACUUUGUGGUGUGAUCAUUUGAUCAUGGGCUUCAUCCAGAAGAAGCAGGCUGAAGAGAUGCUCUCCAAGUGUCCUCCCGGCACUUUCCUUCUCAGAUUCUCAGAUUCAGAACUUGGAGGCAUCACAAUUGCUUGGGUUGGCGACGGUAAUGAGGUGUUCAGUCUCCAGCCAUUCACCUCCCGUGACUUGAUGCUGCGCUCCCUUGCCGACAGAGUGCUGGACUUGACCCAACUCCAGUUCUUAUAUCCAAAUAUUGCCAAGGAUGAUGUUUUCUCCAAGUACUAUACUAAACCUGAGAACGAGAUGCUGAAGAAUGGUUACGUGAAGCCAGUUCUGGUGACCACCCUUCCAUCUUACAUGUCCUCUUCGCCUGCUUACGCUCACUCGCCCGACUCACACCGCAACACGCCCAGUGUACAGAGCAGCUACUUCAGCGCGGCGACUCCUGCGCAGAACGACAGUUUCAUGGACAGUGAUCUCUUCGAACAGAUCCGAGCCUUCGAGCCCGAAGGACUUGACUUCGACAUCUACAACAACAUGAGCAUGAAGUAA